AUGAAUCUUCCAAGUCAAGAACAAUACGACGCAGAACUCAAAGCAGCUGGAAUGUCUCAAAGUGGAGUUGAUGGUCUGCAUGCAUUGGCUCAGAAGUUUGCAACCCAGUACCCGAUUGUUCAAGCUAACAAGGAAGCAUCAGACAAGUUCAUUACGGAGUACACCGUUGAGGCUCAGAAUUACGUCAAGGCAAUGUCUCCAGAAGACCAAAAGAUUUAUGCAGAGAGUUUGAAAAAGUACGGACUUAUCUAA